AUGUUGAUGGUUACCUCCUCCGUGUGGAUGUUCAACUGGAUUCAUGGCAACUCCUCUGACACGUGGCCAGCUGUUUCUCUUUGCUUUGUACUUGUGGUACGAUCUUCCGGCCUUGAGAAGUGGCUUGUCGUGGAUGAACUGUCCGGUGUGCAUGCCUUCGGCAGCAACAACGGUGGUCUUGACCGUCUUGUACUUGUAAGGGUCGCGGAAAGCGACGACGGCGAGUGGAGCUCCUCUUCCUGGGUCGUGGAUGAUGUCCUUCACGAGUCCCUUGAUGUAGCCGUGACGCUCGGCAUAGUCGAGUGGGCGAAGCUUGGAGGCUCCCUUGCGGUGCUUGUUGUGGCUCUUGAAGAUACCACCAGCUCCUUUACGCUGGAUACGGAUACGGCGUCCCAUGUUACCCUAGAAAAAUGA